CCCGGGGGACGUUCGGUGCCGCGGCCCCGCGGCCGCCGCUUCUUUCACACUUUAGUUGGAGCCGCGCGCCGCGCUCAGUUACUGGAGAGCUGGCCGCGCGCCGCCGCCUCCCGCACGCACGCACGCGGGCCGGCGUCGGGGUUUUCGGCUUUUACUUCCAACCGCGGGGAGGAGGGGAGCCCCGGACACACCGUGGGGAGGAGGAGGGAGGAAGAAAAAGGGCGAGAAGGAAGGGCGGGGGGCGGGAGGCUGGCCACCUUCAGCCCCCCCGCGAGCGCCAAGGUGCGCACAUUUUAACGGACUCAGCAGAAGGAUUUUCUCUGCAUGUAAAGAAAAAAAAAAUGUCCCUGUGUCUGUAGAGAUGAUUUGCAGUUCAGCCCGGCUGAAGCUGACCGAAUGAGACUAUGGGCUGUGCCUCCGCCAAGCAUGUUUCCACUGUUCAAAAUGAAGAGGAAGCCCAGAAAGGGAAAAACUACCAGAACGGAGAUGUGUUUGGCGAUGAGUAUAGAAUCAAACCAGUGGAAGAGGUCAAAUACAUGAAAAAUGGGGCAGAAGAGGAGCAGAAAGUAGCAGCCAGGAACCAAGAAAACUUGGAAAAAAGUGCCAGUUCAAAUGUGAGACUUAAAACUAAUAAAGAGAUUCCAGGAUUAGUUCAUCAACCCAGAGCAAACAUGCACAUCUCUGAAAGCCAACAAGAAUUCUUCAGAAUGCUGGAUGAAAAAAUUGAAAAGGGUCGAGAUUACUGUUCGGAAGAAGAGGAUAUCACAUAGCACCAAUUCCACCACUCAAAGCAGGAGCUACUACUGUGUAAAUAGGUUACACCCCAAUUGAAAUCUUUGCAAAGGUCGGUUCUCUUCAACGAACAGCACUAUAGCAAAAGAAGAUCGUUCCAUAUCGUAUGCCCCAUUAAAUUACAGUGUUUCUUAAUGAACUUGCAAAGGAAUAUUGCUAAAAACAAACAAAAAACUGUUAUCGAACUUUCUUUGUUGCUGCUAGUUAAAACUUGUUGCAACUUUUCACUUCUCUUAUGUCCAGGUAUGCAGCAAAAUUCUGCAGUUUCACCUUAAAGAUACUGUUGGUUUUACAGAUGCUCUCCAACCUAUUUUCUAUAAGAUGAGGUAGUGGUGAACUCAGAUAUCAAACUUCUGUUCUAGACUGGUUCUGCUUCUAAGACAAGCAUCUCCUUCCCCCUCUCCUUCCCCCCUGUCUCCCCCGAGUGGUCCAGAGCCUUGCUUCUCACUGGCAAUCUUAUGCUUUGGAGAUGGGGUGGUUGCUAUGGCAACUUGUUUCUCUACUCAGAAAAAGUAGAGAAGCUAUUACUGAUUAAACAUGUUGUGACAUGACUCCUGGAAGUGACACAGGAGCAAGCAGCAGGUUGUUUGAUUUACUAGGAAUUUGAAUCAAGGAUUAAGCUUGCGACAUUGGCUUUGCUCAGAUGCAGACGGAAGUGUGAUCACAAUCAUUUUGAAUCCCUCCUCCCCACUCCCCACUUUUUUUUUUCUAAGAAAAUAAACAUUUUACUGUUUUUAUGUAUCCUCGUCUUCUCCCAUUCAUCCAGUUCCCUGCUUCACGUUGAUCCUGGGUGUGGAAGAUGUACCCUCCUUUGCAAUGACAUGGAUAAUUGGCCUUAGCGGCUCCCUACCCUCCAGUUAAUAACUACCACCCGUUAGCAGGGCUGUAAGUGGUCAUAAGAGGCGAGGGGACAUCCCACAACUUUUAGGAGGGUUCUGGACCACCCGUUAUCUUUCAUUUUGUUAGCAAAGAAACCAUCCUACUUCCUCAUUCUGUCCCUUCACAAUGUUACACCAACCUCGCCACUUCCUGCUCCUCUCGCUUGCAGCCCUGAUGGGACCGUGAAAAGCCUUUGCCUCCUGGGAAAUGCAGGGCAUUUGCACUGGUGAUGACGUUUGGAGAUACAAGAGCCAAAGCCCCAGUGCAGGAGUGGGGAAUGUUGACUGUGGGAUUGGUAGAGUUUAUUUUUCCAUAUUAUAUGAAGAGAAUGAUCUCUUCUCAAAGACAGAAAUAAUAUUUUUAACAAAUGUUGUCGCAAGUAAAUAACGAUCAAAAGGAGAAAAGUAACUUUUGUAUUUUUUUUAACGUGUUUGAUAGCUUUGAUGAGGGUUGUCUUUGCUGCUUUCGUGGGAGGGCCAGAAACCCGGGUCUGGUUUUGUCCCACAAAAACACGCAAGGAGCCCUGUGUGUUUUUCGCGCGUGGGGCUGGGAUGUGAAGGGCGAGAUCAGCCACACAACCCGAGGCGGGUAGUUACUAUGUUCUGGGUAGUCAGGAGAUCACCUGCCGCAGAAAAGAGUAAGAGGCUGAAUUUGUUUUGCUGAGAAGAGGAGGUUUGACUUUGAAAUCCAUCCACAUAAUUGAUGGCACCAUCGAUGUGCUAAUGGUGAGACUCCUCACCGCCCUUUAGACCCCAAGCACAAAAGUGAGGGGAAGGCAACUCAGUCAAGCACUAGAGAAAAUGAACUCAAAUGUUAGCAACAAAAGCCCUCAAGUCUUUGAGCCAGCAACAGCUAUUUCGGGGAACAGCUGUGGUUGUUACAUAAAUAGAGAGGCAGCCAAAAUUUAAGGCUUUUUAUCCUGCUUCAAGCAGAGAAAUGCAGGGAGAGUCAAGUGGCCCAGGCUUUUAAGUUCCCUCCCUUUGUAUGGUUUUGGCCAAGUGACCAAAAUAGUUUCCCUGAACUGUAAACGAGCUGCUAAGCCCCACCUCAAACUUGUCCCCUGGGGACUGACUUUCUGUUCACUGUUAUGUGGAUGACCUUUUUCCGGGAUUUCUUGUUCUUAUUAAGCAAGAAUGACGCAAAUGCUCAACGUCUUCCAUUUGCCUCCCCUCCAUGGUGUCUCCCACAGGGUCGUCCCAGAAAAUCACCACCUUCUUCCCGAAGACAAGCAUGCGCCUAUCAUUUUUCUUAGAGUCACGUUUAACAUGCUGUUGAUACACAUGUAUGCAGAACCGAGUGGUUCUUGGGAACAUGACUUUUGAGUGUUUCAUAAAACCAGACACUGGUUCCCCUGAACAAGUUGGUGGCUUUCCCCUGGAGUUCUCUCCCCCAGGUUUAACUCUUUGAUGUGCGAAAGUGAUUCCAUCCACAGACGCGUUUGAUAACAUCUAGAAAGAGAUUUGAGAAAUGGGAUGGUUGAGCGGUUUGGCAUGAAAUGCUAAAUUAUGUUAGCAACACUCAAAAUUGUUUUCCAUUUGUUGGUUUUAAUCAUAAAAUUGUCAAGUGAUUUGUGUUUGUACUGUUUUUUUAUGCCUUCUGAAAGGGUCUAAUGCAAAAAUAUUUUGCGUUUUUCCCUCCUGUGUAUCUGAACACUAAUCAGAUACAAUGAAGAGAAUAAUCCAGAAAUUAGUGCUUCUGCUGGCUGUUAUCUCUGAGGACUCAGGGAGCUGGAAGGAGUGAGGGAAGGAAGUGGCCCGGGGGGUGGAAGCAGAAAAAGGAUGAGAACUGAGUAGAGAGUUGAUUGAAUGGCUGUGUGCCCGGCGCUGUUCAAAAUCCAGCUGCAAGUGGCCUGUGGGUGGGGCAGACUGUCAACAAGAUUUACGGCUGCUUUCCACACGCCUGAUGUGCCCUGAGUUGUGGAGCUGUAAAAGUUCAGCAGUGUGUGCACAGCUUUCUUUGGUGAGCUGAGACUCAGGAUCACAGAGCACUGAUUGUACCGUAAUUGACUACGUGUUUGUUACUCACAGGGAACCUCAAAAGAGGCUUUUACCUCCGUGAUGCCUCCCAGUCCCAGGCUGGAGGGUAGAAUGGUGUUUGGUCUAUUUAGGGACAAAGAAGGUAUGAAGCCCAGAGAGGAGAAAACUAGGACAGUCUCAGAAACAGCAGGGGCCACCCACGGGCCUGCUGAGGGGCGGGUCUCUCCCUUCUGCAGAGCCCUGGGUCUGAGACGGCGCCUUGGUGACUUGAAUGAAAGGGGGCCUGACAGAGGAGGAGACUCCAUUCUUAGUGCUCUGCACAGGCGCCAGCUUCCUCCACGCUGCAAGGCGAGGGCGCACCCCCGUGUCCAGGGCCCACCCAGGUCAGAAGUGGGCAUGCCUGAACCUGACAGCCCCCAGGAACAGGUCCAGAGAGGACGGUGCCCACUUUCUGGUGCCAUUUGAUGCCAUCCCACUUUGAACUGCCACUCUUUCCUCCUCCCAGCAUCACCAAGACUCCUUUAUAAGGGGGCAAAGAGCAGAGUUAUACCUCUCAGGAAUUUUACCUCGGCGACCUAUGAUGCAGGCUGGGCUCUCAGUUCCAAGUCCUGCUCAGACACUGAGCAAGAAUUUAAUUAAGAGUGUUCCAUCUCUACCGGUCAUAGAUAGAAACUUGGUUAAAUAUGUUGGUUUCACAGGAAGAAAAUUUAUCAAAUUCUUAAUCCAGGAAAAUACUGACUCAGUCUUGGACUCAGGAUCUGAUGUGCUCUUCAUGAAAAGCGAGCUUUUGGUGUUUGAGGCUCUCUCCUUCCUCCUCCUAACUCCAUCACAUCAAAAAAAAAAAGUAUUAGAUCGCACUUUGUAAUUUUACAUAAAAUCUGUCUUCCAUGCUUUUCCCCUGGAAGGCAUUCUCAGAGCUUUAUUUCUUUCUUUGUACCUCUCAGAAAUUAAACUUUUUGUUAAGUUGCUUAAAACCCCAGUAGAAAAAGAAGGCGUGAUUGGAGAGAGGGAACAUGUACUUAAGGGCAUAAUGAAAAGGUGACGUGAAGCAGGAACUCUGGCUUCUCGAUGUCCCGGUGGACCCCCGGACCCCCACGCGUCUCUGUAAAGCCGGGUGAGGCAGUUGGCUUUCACACUGCACAUGUCCCCAUAAUAAACCUCUGGAAUUUCACAAGUGAGGUCUACGAGUUGCCUUUUGCCAAUGAAUGAACGUGUAUUAACAAGGGGAAAAAAAUGUCCUUGGCUUCAGUCACCUUUUUGUAUGUCUCUGGAAAGGGGUCAACAAGGUAUGGUGGAAAAUGAGGGUUGUGAGUGAAUAUAUUUCUUUCAUGACAACCCUUAGGGCUCUCUAGCAAGGCCAUGUUUUUCAGCAGACUCUUGUACCUUCUCUGGGAUCAAAUGUGAUCUUGGGGGAAGAGGAAAGGGAUGUAAUAUUGAUGAUCUAUACUCAGUCUGCGCAGAUACUGUGCUAGGCAUUUUAUAAUUGUCUUGUGUAAUCCUCAGGGAAAUCCUGUGGAGUCGCUCCACUACCCCAUGCACUAAGUAGUGUAUCUUGCAUAGAAUGCAUCUUUCCAACAGACUGACCAUGGUGAAGGAAGGAAAGAUGUCAUUCAAGUAUGUUCCAAAUUUGUUUAUUAUUACUAUGCCAAAUUUGUUUAUUAUUACUAUUUGCAACACUGUGAAAACAACCCCGUAGGGGCAUCUGCUUGCUGGAAUCUCUCUUUGGCUCAUCACCAGCCCAGUUUCCCCAUGGGGAGUGUUUUCCUUGGCCUUCCCUUAGCUGGUGAGCUGCACACAAACCAGGAGAGGCUGCUGGCUAACAGGACUUGAGUGUCUGGAAGGAAAAGACUUGGAGAAUUUAAGCAUGUAUCUCUCCCCCAGAGUUCUUUCAGCAUCAGAAAAGGAGCCUGGUAGUUCUUCAGUUAGUUACUAUGAGUGCUCUGAUUUCUUCUUAGGCUCAUUGCGUUGCAGGCUGCCUCCUUGUAAGGUGACCUUAAUCUUGCAAAACCUAACCUUGCAGAGAAGGUUGGGAGGAUCUGACUUGAAAUCCUUUCUUAGGAAGUAGGGUGUGAUGCCUUUUGUGAUCUUUGAGCUGGAGGUCUAUAUUCCUAGGUUAGUUUAAGAACCAAAGCUAGAUGUGAAUCUCUUUUGAGACCUUAAAUGUUUUAGAGAGUCAGGUGGUGACUUGAAUAGUCAUGUAAAUAAUGUGUUCCAAGGUCAGAAGAGCCCAAGAAUUCCCUAGCGUUCCUCUCCUCGCUUCAGAAGGAACAUUCUGUGAAGAAGAUGACUCAUGUCUCCAUAGCAACUGGUAGAGGUGCUGCCUAGAGGGACCCACCCCCACCCCCACUUAUUAGGCUUGAAAGAAUCAGAAUAGUUUCCUUGUGUAGAGAGGGUGCUGUGUCCAGUGAAAACUACCCCAAGAUCCUGCCUUUUUCUAACCUGGAAUCUAUCAAAUUCCUUCAAGAUAAUGUGGAAGUGACUCUUGUCUCUUGGAAGCCAAAAGAAUUGCUUUAAUUCAGCAAGAUUCACCCCAAUCCAGUGACUCCAUUCUAAUACUGCCUUCCCUCUCUCCCCAGAAUUCUCCCUUCUUCCCUUUCCAGGGAUUAUUUUUUAGCCCAAGGCUUUGAACUUGAGUAAGACUUAGAGGCAGUAAAAAGAACACCAUAAACUCAGCCAGAGAUUCCUUGGGGUCUGUAGGGUUGAAAAUAGCUCUAGAACCCUGGGGCUCAUGAGGCCUAGACUCAGAAGGAAUCAAGAGACCCUCAUUUCCUGGCAUUUCAGUCCAGACCUUUAGGGGCUGGCUGUUCUCUCUUGACAGUCAAGUGAGCGAGGGAAGUUUCUCAGUAGAUUUCAAGCCAGCUUUUCCAUUCAAAGCAAGAUGCAAAUUCGUUUUUAAAAAUCUGUAUCUAUUUUCCUGGAGCAGAACCCAGCAGCUGCCUUAUUAGAACUCUGAAUUUGAAUUAACACACACACAUACAGAAGACACAAGAGAAAGAAAAUACAACAAUAUAGUCACUGAAAUACUUCAAGAAGGAGCUGUGUUUUGCUCUUUGUAAUCUCUAAGAUAACACUAGGCAAGUAUUAGUGUAGCUAUAAUAAUACCAAGCCAGGAAAAGCUAGUGAUCACUCUGGGGGAAGUUUGAACAGGAGGAUGGAGAUCUGGUGGUGGUCUCUCCUCAUGCCCCCUGUUCCAGGAUGCUCUGCCACUCGCAUGUGUGACUCGGCUGAGCCUCUGGCCUGGAUACUGUGGCUGGCACCCUUUCCCAUCCCCAGGUGCAUAAAGGACACAUCCCUUAGGAUGCAUGCCAGGUGCAGCCACAUACACCCACGGGGUUUCUCACACACUCUCCCACUCAUCCAACGUGGCCUUUCCUGUGGCAUUUCAGCAGCUCCACUAAGAUGCUCUGACACUGGUGUGGAUUUGGGGUCCUUGCAUCUAGGUUGUCCCAGACAACAGCAUUUUUUAAUUUGCCUUCCCCAGUGUCAAGGACUCAUUCAUUCAAUAGAUUAUUUAUAGAGAAUCUCCUAUACUCCAGGCACUGAGCUGAUGGCCAGCAAUCACAGCUGAACCAAACACAGCUCCCGCCCUGCAGGAGCCUACUGGGCGUCGGAGAGACUGAGUGGGAGGUGGGCCUGUAGCAGUAUUGGGUGCUGUGGUGCCCAGCUUUGGGAAUAGGGCGCUUCCUGGAAAAGGUGACAUCAAAGCCAAGGUUUGUCAGAGGAUGGACAGAGAGCAUUGCAGAGGGCCUCCAGGCCGAGGGGGGAGCAUGGGCCUCAGCCCAAAGGAGGGACAGUGUGCCGGUCGGAGGCUGCCUCCACCAGCGGAGCCGAGGAGGGAGGAGUGGAGAAGGGGCGGGCCAGGCAAUCAGCUGGCUGUGCCAGGGGGCCUGGGCUUUGCUGUGGAUUCGGGGCCCCUAAGGAAGGGCACAGUUCCCUGCCGAGGCCUCCCUGAGAGGUAAGUGUGGUCAGCCUCGGGGCCUGGGCUGCCCUCCUCGCUGUGGGGCGCAGGGUUGCUCGAUGAGAUGAUUUGUUCCCACGUUCCCCCGCCCCUGCCCCAUGCCAGCCCCUCUUGCCAAAACCUGUUUGAAUUCUAGUGCUUAGACUUGGCCUGGAUAUAGUUUAGAGGCACACAGGGGACAGCUCUGGGUCAUCCUGACCUAUCUGUAGAGCCACAAAAGCCUAAAAAGCCCUCUUGGGGGCAGGCUGGCCUGGGCCCCGAGGUGAGGGUGCGCCCCAAGGGGGAUCCAGGAAGCAGCAGCGGGCUUCCCGGCCUCCGUGUGGUGCCUGCAUCCGCCCUGUCAUGGGCCGCAGGCCGCGCACAGCUGUUCCCUGCGUUCGGUCAUGCCUGGUGGCCGGGCCUCCGCCGUGUCUAAGGUGCACACCCGAGUCCUGCCAAACAAAGGGGGUGGUUAACACACACCCGCACAUGAGAAAUACCUAUGAGUCUAGGCAGUGGCCAUAGACCCUGGGGGACGGGGGCAUCGCCAGCGCUCGGAUCUCUGCGCUCUUUGGGGGUGAGGCAGGAAGGCUCAGAGACAGGCAGGAUCUCUCUGUGGAGACAACUCCCAGUGCCUUUUAGGUUUCCCAAAGAACCCAGAACCUUCCAAAAUCCCUAGAACCUUCAGAGCAUUGGGAUUAUUUUCCUCCACCCCAGGCCCCAGACAAAUAAUUAGAAACUUCAUAAAGGGAAGGAAGAAAGUGAGAUGAACCAAAAUACGAGCUGUGAGGCAGCACGGUUUCUAGAAACUCAAAGGCCCAAACAAGUGAUGUAAUUGCCCUGAGAGGUUGGAGGAAUUUGGGGCUGAAGGCAGUUUUUCCUAGCUGAGUGUCUUGGGGAUCCCCAGAUAUCCUUGGGACUGACCUCUUUUGCAAGACCUGCCCCGCUAGGUGCAGCCUGGCGUAUUCCAACAGCAGCACCAGCCUCCAGACCAUUGGAAAGAUUUUAGCUCAAUUGAACACUCACUCUUUUCCCAGAUGCUCCCACUGGCUCUUUGCUGAGGCAUUUCUAGUUCUGAGUCCUGUGAUGGUUGCUCAAAUGUCCCAUGUUCUAAGCGGUUUGAUUAGAAUUUGGCCUGUGCUGGAUGCUGGCAGUGCAUUUGACCUUGAUGCUGGAAACUGGCAGAGCAUUUAACCUCACACACACACACACUUUAAAACUAAGGCCUGGGAAGGUCCCCUUGUGGGCACAGGGAGUCAUGGAAUACGGUCAGGUUUGCCUUAGGGCACCCUCCCCUUUGUCUGCGCUGGUCCCAUUCCCACUUCAUCACCAGGAAAAGAUCAAAAUUCCUCCCUACCAGCUGUCAGUGAUUGUGUAUUUGCUCUUCCCAAGGGCAUUUGUGUUUUGUUUAGGAAUAAGACCUUACAGUCACAGGACAUCUAGCAGCAGGAGAGGAGGCAUCAGCCCUCAGUCAGGUCUGAGGUAACUCAGGGCUUUGCUCUUCUGCGGGUCUGCAGACGCUUCCUCAGGCAGGUGUGGGCGGCCAGCAGGGUGGCCUCCCCGGGGCUGCACCCACACAUGAAUUCUGUAAAGCAGUGGGACCCUGUCCGUCGCAACCACACAUGCCUAACAGCAAACUCUUUGUGAGCUGCAACCCCUCUGUUUGUCUGUUAAUUAAUUUGAAGUGUAUAUUCGUAGACUCCUGUACUAUUAGGCACAUUUUUAUAAAAAAUACACAACAUAGGAAUUUUAAAAGAAGAAGAUACAAAUAUUAUACACAGAGGUUCUCCCUGAACUCCUGAGGGGGACCUUGAAUACCCCCUGGUGUGUGUGCACCCAAUUUAGACACCACUGUUUUAAGAGCAAAUUAGCACACCCUGAUGGUGUCCAGCCCCACCUCUGUGCUGACCCUUGGCCUGUGGAAUAAGGUCUUAAGGCAAAAUCCCUAGGAGCUUCUAGUCUGGGAGACAGGGCAAGCAAACUCUCAAAAACAAAUUUAAAUAUUCAAAACCCCCGUUGGACAGGAGAGCUGCCCCCCAGGUGGUAGUGGCUCCAGGUGCUAAGGGAAGAUCAGGCACCUGUACAGACCUGCGGGGCUGUUCCUCUUUCCUCCGUGGAUCUCUGGGCAAGGGCAUCUGGCAAUAUCCCCAGCUGUCUCACGACUGGAAUUCUUUGAACCCUCACAGAGCUUCAGCAGCGCUGUUCCCCACAUCACCCGUGGGGCCACGUCGCUUGAGUAUGUUUGAUUUGGCCACCAAGAUGUAAUGAUGAUUCUGUUCCAUUUUGGAAAGAGUCUGAGAGAGUGUACAGGUCUAAUUAUAUAUACAUAUUUAUACAUGUGUAUUUUUGUUUAUUGUUACAUUUUGACAUUGGACUUUCUAUUAAAAAAUUUUUAACAGUU